AUGGAUCUUCAUAAGGAUGACCUCGUUGCUGCCGAGCAUGAAUACGUUGACCAGGGUGCGCAACUGAAUAUUGCCAACAACCCCGAGGCAAAAAUCCAAAAUCCCUUGCGGCGCAUCCCCAAGCAGACGGUACUUGAGCUUGUCGAAGCCUUUGCGCGUGAAGCUGGCCUAGACGACGAAAUCGACAUCUUCAGAAAGGGAGUUUUGGUGGCUCAGGAUCCAUCUGGAUUCGAGUUCAUUGAAGACUUGGAUGAUGAGGAUAAAGAAACUCUUCGUUCUGAAGUUGAGAGAAAAUGGCACCAGCCAAAGCACCUCUGGAUCACCGUGGCUGUCUGCUCUAUCGGAGCCGCCGUCCAAGGAUGGGAUCAGACUGGUAGCAAUGGCGCCAAUCUGGGCUUUCCCCAGGAGUUUGGGAUUGCCUCGACCAGCGCGCACGACAAAUGGAUCGUUGGCCUUAUCAACGCCGCACCCUCCCUGGCAAUGCUAUUCCCUGGCGUCUGGCUAUCCGAUCCCAUCAAUAAUCUUAUUGGACGUCGGGGUGCAAUCUUCGUCUCCGGCAUCUUCGCCUUUCUGCCCGUUCUUGGAUCCGCCUUCUCACAAACCUGGUAUCAAUUGCUAGUCUGCCGACUGCUACUCGGCGUGGGCAUGGGCAUCAAGUCCUCAACAACUUCGGUCUUUGCCUCUGAGAGCGCACCCGCACCCAUCCGCGGCGCUUUGGCCAUGACUUGGCAACUCUAUGUGGCAAUAGGAAUUUUCCUCGGUCUAGCAGCUAAUCUCGCCGUGGUUGAUGUAGGUGAUAUCACCUGGCGGCUGCAACUUGGAUCUGCCUUUAUCCCAGCUAUUCCUUUGCUACUCAGCGUGUAUCUAUGUCCCGAGAGCCCUAGGUGGUAUAUCAAGAAGAAACGAUACGCGGACGCAUAUAAUUCUCUCUGCAAACUUCGCUUCACCAAACUUCAGGCGGCAAGGGACCUAUACUCCAUGUACGCCAUUUAUAAGAGCGAGAAGGCAUUGAUUGCCAGCGGUGGCAACACCAUCACACGCUUCAUCCAGCUCUUUACUGUCCCACGCAUUCGCCGCGCCAACCUAUCUUCUGGGGUCGUCAUGAUUGCACAGCAGAUGUGCGGCAUUAACAUCGUUGCCUUCUACUCCUCGACCGUGUUUGUGGAAGCCGGCAUUUCCCAGAAGAAUGCGCUUUGGGUCUCAUUUGGCUUUGGUAUCGUGCAGCUCCUGUUUGCGCUUCCGGCCAUCAAGACUAUUGAUACCUUUGGACGGAGGUCUCUGCUCCUGUCCACGUUGCCACACAUGGCCUGGACUUUACUGGCAACUGGCUUCUGUUUCCUGAUUCCAGAAGACCAACGUACUACUCGACUCGCCUUGCUGGCGCUGUUCAUUUUUCUGUUUGCCGCCUUCUACUCCUUGGGCGAGGGUCCUGUAUGCUAUCCAUACGGAGCAGAGGUGUACCCGCUCUCCCAUCGUGAGCUGGGCAUGGCUUGGGCUGUGUGGAUCAACGCCUUGGGCUCCACGGUUCUAUCGCUCACGUUCCCGUACAUGCUUGUGGCCUUUACCCCUACAGGCGGCUUCGGGUUCUAUUGCGCUCUCAACGUGCUCGCCUUCAUCCUGAUCUUUCUCUGUGUUCCAGAAACAAAAAGGCUGACUUUGGAAGAGCUGGACUAUGUUUUUGCUGUUCCAACCUCCAAGUUUAUAAAGUAUCAGGUUGGGGUGAGCCUGCCGUUCUUCAUCAAGCGCUACAUUUUCUGGCGCAAGGAUCUCAAGCUCAGGCCCUUGUACGAUUUCUCAGAAACCAGAAGUCCCAUGGACCAGGCUCACACUCACGCUACGGGGACCGAGAUUACAGGCAUACCGACCUCUCCUGCCUAG